CCUCGUCCCAGGCUGCGACGGAAGAAGAGCCAACGCCUCGCGGGCUUCCACGUACGCACUCCAACGCCUGUCCCCGGAGGAGAACACAUCCGGGUCACGGGAGCCGGUGUCUCAGGCUCCGCCCCUUCCCCCCCAAGGGCUAAUCCCCACUUCCGACCCUCAUAGUCCUUUUCCGCUUCUCUUUCACCUCUCCAGGUGCGCCCCUCUGCGCCCCUUAUAGGAACCCGGAGGGUAGCUCUGAUCCCGAGUCUCCCACAGGCGCGAACCUGCUCUGCUGUGUAUCUUUGCGGGGCGGCCUGCGCUGAGGCCUGCUGCGCGCGGUGAGUCCGCGCAGACCUGACCCUGCGUCUUGCAGCUCGGUUGAGGCCGCCGCCGACUUCUCGGGAUGCCGCGGCUGGGGUCCGCGCAGCGCUGGGCGGCCGCCGCGGGCCGUUGGGGCUGCAGGCUGCUCGCACUACUGCUGCUGGUGCCUGGACCCGGAGGCGCCUCUGAGAUCACCUUCGAGCUUCCUGACAACGCCAAGCAGUGCUUCUACGAGGACAUCGCUCAGGGCACCAAGUGCACCCUGGAGUUCCAGGUGAUUACUGGUGGUCACUAUGAUGUAGACUGUCGAUUAGAAGAUCCUGAUGGUAAAGUGUUAUACAAAGAGAUGAAGAAACAGUAUGAUAGUUUUACCUUCACAGCCUCCAAAAAUGGGACAUACAAAUUUUGCUUCAGCAAUGAAUUUUCUACUUUCACACAUAAAACUGUAUAUUUUGAUUUUCAAGUUGGAGAAGACCCACCUUUGUUUCCUAGUGAGAACCGAGUCAGUGCUCUUACACAGAUGGAAUCUGCCUGUGUUUCAAUUCACGAAGCUCUGAAGUCUGUCAUCGAUUAUCAGACUCAUUUCCGAUUAAGAGAAGCUCAAGGCCGAAGCCGAGCAGAGGAUCUAAAUACAAGAGUGGCCUAUUGGUCAGUAGGAGAAGCCCUCAUUCUUCUGGUGGUUAGCAUAGGGCAGGUAUUUCUUCUGAAAAGUUUUUUCUCAGAUAAAAGAACCACCACAACUCGUGUUGGAUCAUAACUACGUUUUGAGAAUUGAUGCACCAUUGCCACUGUAAUAUUGCUGUCCUCUAAUUAAUUUUAGGUACUGAAGAACUUAAUAUUGGCAACAUUUUUAAAACCUUACUCAUACACUUGUUGGGAGGGAUGUACAAUGCAUAUCCCCAAACUGUGGAAAGGACACCAUUUUUUAUUUGUAAAGGUGGAAAAACUUUGGAACUCAUUUUGGGCUAUUCAUGUUAAAUAUUCAACACCAAUGAUCUACUCUGUUCUGGGUUGUUUAUAUCUACUCUUCGCACACUAAACCUUGGUAUUUUGAUUCCUUUUAACCAUUUAAAACUACUUUCUUAUAGGUAGUUGAUAUUUUAAAAACCUUAGAUUUAAUGUCUACAUGUGUUAAAGAGGAAGAAAAUUGCCUUUUAAUUGUUAAUAAGAAAACCAAAUGUAGCCCAAGCCCUAUUCUGCACUGUUGAAUUUUAUGGAGGAAAAAAAAGUCUACCAUAGGAAUGUUAGUUAAUAUUGAUACAUCAUAGUAAAAUGUGUUUCUCACUAGCUUAGAAAAUGUCAGACUUUUGUUUUUGGAGUUUAUGAUUUAUAACCAGCUAUGCUAUUUUUUCAUAAAGGCAUUUGUAGCACACACAAAACAGUAUGUUUCAGUAGCAUAAAAGAGUUUAUACAGGCCUUAAAUAUCAGACUGUUUGUAACAGGUAGAAAUAUUACAGAAUAAUUUAAGACACUACAAUGGGGGCAAAUGAAAUAGGAAAAUUUUUAGUGAGUUACCCGUACUCAUUACAUUUUCAGUGCUUUUACAAAGAAAAAAGGUGAUAUGUUUAAUUUUAACAGUUUAAUUGGCUGGCUCUUGCCCUUACAUGACUUGAAUGUCUGUGAGUCAUUCCCAGCUGAAAUUAACAAUUGUUAGUAUUAGUAUCACAUAAGUGCCGUACAUUUUGUCCUCAUGGGUGUGAUGCACUGAAAAGUUAGUUGCUUUCCUUUUUUCUUUUUUCUUUUUUUCUUUUCUUUUUUUUUGUCUUGCAUAUUUUAUUUCUGUAGUUUCUGGUUAGCUACCCUAAAGUGAUUAAAAAAUUUAGAAUGCUAUGUGUUUCCUAUUUGGUAAUCUUCAUUGACUGUUCCUUAUUUAAUGAGUAUUAAAUAGUGCAUAUUCUAUAGACUAUAGGGUUUACAUUGUGUUUGCACCUUAUAACUUGUAUAGAUUGAGCUGAUUGAAAUAAGAUUUUAUUCCAAGUAUCAUCUGAUAGAAUACAAGAUGAUUCAAAAUUAUGUAGAUAUUUAAAGCUUUUCUGCUGUUUUUUUUUUUUUUUUUUUUUUAAUUGCAACUGCUUUUCUGCCAUGCCUCUCUUCCCUACCCAAAAGUGAUGAGUUCUGAACAAGACAAGACUGUCAUAUUGUAGAGACUUUGAUAUGUGAUACCAUGGAAUACUGAUUGGAUAGCCAUCCUAGUCACUUACCAAUACUGACUAGAAGUUAACUCUUAAUUCUAAGCUAUCUUAAAAUGCAUAUAUAUACUCCUUGCAUGGAAGAGCAAAACAAAUUCAAGUUGUCAUACUUGGUAAUUUCAGAUGCCGCAGUAUAGCAAAGAGUGAACAUGUUUUCAACCCUUUAAUUUUUUAAGAUGUUUGAAGACCAACUAACUACUCCUUAAUAUUUAUCAAUGGAUUAAGAAGUUUAAGAUUUUGCAGAUUUAUCAAUUUGGGUUUUUGUACUGAGGUUGUCUUGCGGCUUUAUAAGUGUCCCUUUAUAUUUAAAUUUGAAAGUUUUAAGCACUGAUGUUAAUGUGAUUGAUCAGCAUGGGCAUAUGUAAAAUGUCCUUUUCUGGUUGCCUCUCUGUGCUAUUGUGUUCAGAUACUUAUACCAUAAUUAAACAGUAAGGUAUAGAUCUUGCUGAGUUUGGCAUAGAUAGUGCACUCAUUUAAUCUGUGCCUCUAAAAACUUCAGAAUAUUAGAAUAUUACCACAAAUAAUUUUUGGUGAAACUAUUGAGAUAUUAAAAUUUUUGAAAUCACUGCUGUUACCUGUUAUAGAAAAUAGUGUGAGCUUAGUCUAGUCUCUGUGUAACUGGUUACAUUUUGAUGGUUGUCUAUACUCAACUGGAUAUGUAUAUGUAAAUUAGAAAAUACAUACCUAUCCAGACAUAAAUGUUAAGUAACAUUUUUUUCUUCCUCCAACUACAUAAUUUGUAGCUCAUCAUCUUUCCUUAAUCCUUUCCUAACUUGCUGCAGCAGUUUGAAUUUCCCAAAUAUUUAUGUUUGGACAUAUUGGCUCAGAAUACAUAUUUGAACAUCAUAGUUGUAUAUAUUUUUAAAGUACAAUAAAUAAUGGAAAGCAACUUGAUAUACAAGUUUAUACUAAAAUUUCAACUGUGUGAAGAUACAUUUUAAGGUAUUACUUUGCUAAUAAUCUACACAUUCUUUUUUCUAUUAAAGAAACAAAUGGUUUGUGGUUCACAGCUUUCAUCCAAGCUUGGUGAUAAUCAACUUUGAAAAUACAGUGGACUGAAAAGCAAAUUUAUUCUUUCGAAAAUUUCAUUUAAAUCUCUGUACUAUGCAUUUUUGUUUCAGUUUGUAAAUGUGUAACAUUUGUAGUUAAAUAGGACAAAGCAGGCCCUAUGACUCUUGUUUUCAAAAAAUUAAAUUAAUAUAUAAAGAAUUCAGAGGGGUUUUUCAUUUACUUUUGAAAAGAAACUUCUUUAACAGGAUUGCACCUAUCAGUUUCUUGUAGAAUAAAAAAAAAAUCUUUCAACAAACUGACUUCACUUGUUUCUGUCAGGAUUUAAAUCUUUCUAUAGCUCCUUAUAAACUUAAAGCGUGGAGUACAGUUCUGUAAUGAGAGUGAUUAUUUAUUUGGUAUUUUAUUAAAAUAUCUGAGGGACUGUCCAAGAAAGAAGGUGAAAGAGAAAUACCACGUCUGUACUGCCUAAUUGGUAACCUUCUCUUUGCAUUCCUUACUGAAAGUUUGUGUAGGUGAAAAGCAGUUAAAUCAUCAUUUGCUCUAAAGGGGUCUUAAUUUUUAAGUAAAUUAACUUUAGGUUGUAUA